AUGGUUGUAUUGAUAGCAUUACAAAAGCAAGGGCUAUGCUAAAUCGUGACCUUCUUCGCUUCUCUCAACAGGUGCAUCUGCCAGCAGAUUAGAAUGCCGGGAACGUGGACCAUAUCCGUACAUGAUGCAUGAUGCCCACAUGAUUGCAGCCUGACGCUAGCAUCCAAGUCUGCCGGCGUCGUAUACACCAUCUGCUCUCAAGGGUCGCCGGUCACCGGUCACUCCUCGGUCUCCCUUUAACAACCUUGUAACAACAAUCAACGAUGCGUGCUGCUGUAAUCUGCCUCGUAGCCUUAUCAAUGGCUGCUACCCUUGUCUCAUCUCGUCCAAGCGCUUCAUACCUGACCCAGUCUUUCCAGGCGCUGUUGAGUCCGUUGUACGAAAGACAAAGCAGCUCCGUUCCUUCGCAGUGUACCUCAACUUGCGAUCCUAUCCAAAAUGAAGAGAACGCUGGAUACCCUAUGACUGCAUGCUGCACCCAGUCCUUUGAAACAAGUUACUACAACUGCCUCUUGUGCGUUGGCACUGCAGUGAAUGCUACAGAUUAUACACGGGCACAAGCCAAUCUAGACCAACUCUACAUCUCUUGCUACGAUCACGGCUAUUCACUCAAAGGACGCACCCUCCCUGAUCAAGAUCUAUCCCGCACUUACUCAACUUCUUCCCGUGCUACUAGUAAAACUUCUACCGUUGCCGGUACUUCACCUACGUCCGUGUCGAUACUUACAUCAGUAUCGGCACCUACGUCCACCUCAGAGACCACUAUACUGCCUUCGGGUGCGUCGUCCGCCUCCUCUGGGAUGUCGACCUCUGCCAAUGGUACUGCAACUUCACCCUCGUCCACGCCUAAUACUGGGUCAAGUGCUGCGCUGGGGCUAAGCGUAGGAGGAAGCGGAGUCUGUGCUUUGGUUGCUGCUGCUAUCGGAUUGAUCGUGUUGUUGGAAAACUGAUUGGGAAAACUACUGUAUUUUUUUUCUGUGAUUCAUAUAUUGUUGGUACUCGCCAACAUAGGACUGGUGCGUAACCGCGGCUCAGGCAGCUAUGUAAAAGGGACUUCUGCUGAUGCACAGGAGCUCCUACCUCCUUACUUGGCUGGCAGGUGUAUUACGUGGGCGACUCGGAGAACACAAGAGAAGCUCG